UUUCAUGGCUGCGACGCUAGAUUAUUUUAUAUCAAAUGAAUAAAAUCGAAUCUGGGACGUAUGUGCCACUAACUGCAUUAUGUACACCUGAAAAUACGAAGAUUAGACAUAUCCAGGAUUAUUUAACUGGUUAAAUUAGUAAGAACCAAAAGACUGCUAGAAAAUGAUCUGCUUGGUGGCACCGUUUUGACAAAUACGUGCUGUGGAAUUUGUAUUUAAUAUAGACCGCCGCUGUUCUGUCAAAAUAAGACAUUUUGUCGGGAUUUUUUGUUUAUGUGGUAUAUGUAGACAGCUGUCGCUGCAGGUCGUGUUUUUGUGCACUCCCAUUUCGGCGUUUGGCGCCGCUUCCAGCGUUUUUAAACCCGUCGUGUGUCUUCCAGCUUCCCUGUGUCAGGGCUGAACCGUAAUACGUUACUACUGCGUGACACCUUCGGUUAGCUGCAGAGCGCGAGCGAAGCAUCACGCCUGUAACCUCAUUAAAAACAAGGGAAGCGAUGUAUUUAUAUAUGUAGUUCAACUUUGCGGAUGCGUAUUUGAACAAGGACGGAUAUGUAAUGAGUGGCACGGAUUCGGAAGUCCUGUGUUGGAAAUAUUAAAAAGAAACCGUGAUAAAUCACAAUUUUCCUGGAUCGACAGAUGUGUGUUAUCAGGAGGUAACGGUGGCCACACUGCUGAAUGCUUAGCGGCCUGCGUUUGCCGGAGAGUGACGCGCCACUUGAAAACAUUGUAGUGCGGAUACAAGGCAGCCAGUGAUGGGACUCGGUAAAGAACGCCAGAUAUACAUUUCAGUUACGAUUUUCGUUUCUUUGUGUUUGUAUGUGUGAAAGAGCGAGAGUGAUGUCUGACGUCCAUUGUUUUUGUAACUGUAGACGUAGGCUCAUGAAGUGAUUUUAAAAGUAAAAAAAUAUAUGAAAUAGACUGUGAAAUGUCUGUCUCAUUUUAACAUGCAGGUUUUAGUUGUGAUUUUAAAUUCUGAUCAAAACAUGAAUCUUAUUAUUGUCAGUUAUUUGGUUUUUGAAAUACUUUUGCUUUAGUAAUAUGUCAUUUAGUUAACAUGCAACUAUAAGGCAAGAUCUCCAUAACUAUCCUUGGAGCUUCUGAAUUUGAAUGUUUGAGACAGCAGUCAUACAGCACUCUGUCAGCAACAGGAAAUGUAGCUUUUUUGUCACAUUUAUAUAAAGGGUUUAAAUGAAGAUAGUCCCUCUACCUUGUGAAGAAUUUUAGAAGAGAAGUCUGUUUGACCUUGCAACUCUUGGUACUUGCUAACUUAUUUUUUGUAUAUACUAUUUUAGAAAACAUUUGUUUGCAAAAUCAUGUCACCACAUUAGAAAAGGACAAGAUGGGUCCUCUGGCGAUGGAUAGGAGAAAAAGGAUAGAUAACUAGAAAGACAGAGAGCAGUCACUGCUGCUGUGCUUCCUCCGCUGUUACCACAGUGAAAUAGCAGGUGUGACCAGAUAGGGCUGUUUGCCGGCGCUUUAAGGAAAGCUGCUGAACAGCUGAAGGGGGAAAACUGACAGGAAAAGGUUCCCUGGGAACAAAGAGAGAAACAGAAACGGAGAGAGACAAAGAACAAGAGGAAAGGAGGAUAGGGAGGAGAGGUAGAAGCUGUCCCCAAUGGCAACGGACCCUGGAGAACCCACAUCCACAGAUGACUCCUCUGACAAACCUGAUGGAGGGCAGGGCCGAGCAUGUGAGCCGGGACCUGAGGAUGGGACUGGCAAGGAAAGGGAGCGGAAUCACAGCACACCCUCCGAUUUUCCCUCCUCCCAAACUAAGGAGAAAAGUGGGGGAGGUGGCGGGGGCGAGGAGGACUGGCGUCCACCUCGGCCUCUGUCGGCCUCUACGCCGUCAUCCCCAGCAGCUCUAGGUGGCAAACUGAAGAAGGAGAGGAAACGCUUCUUCCGGAAGAGUGUGGAGAUUUGUGAGGAGGAGGAUGAAGUGGAAGUGGCACUGGGUGUGACGCGAAGCGCCCCUCACCUAGACUCCAAGACUUCCGAUUCUGUAUUUGCUGACAGUGCCCCACAGCAAGUGCCUGACUCCACCACCUCUGCCACUGUGGCGGAUGAUGGCUCUGGCGUUGCCUUCACCAUUGGCCUGGAUCCUGACAAGAGUGGCCCUACUGUGUGCUCCGCCCAGAAGGGCAAGGAAAGAGACCGGGAACAAGAGGAGGAGGCUGAGAUGAAGGCGGUGGCCACCUCCCCUGGAGGACGCUUCCUGAAGUUUGACAUUGAGCUGGGCAGGGGAGCCUUCAAGACUGUGUACAAAGGGCUGGACACAGAGACCUGGGUGGAGGUGGCUUGGUGCGAGCUGCAGGACCGCAAGCUGACCAAGGCAGAACAGCAGCGCUUCAAGGAGGAGGCGGAGAUGCUGAAGGGGCUGCAGCACCCCAAUAUCGUGCGCUUCUACGACUCCUGGGAGUCAGUACUACGGGGAAAGAAGUGCAUCGUACUGGUGACAGAGCUCAUGACCUCCGGAACCCUGAAAACGUACCUAAAGCGUUUCAAGGUGAUGAAACCCAAGGUUCUGCGCAGCUGGUGUCGGCAGAUCCUGAAGGGUCUGCAGUUCCUGCACACGCGCACACCACCUAUUGUGCACCGUGACCUCAAGUGUGACAACAUCUUCAUCACAGGACCUACAGGCUCUGUCAAGAUCGGUGACCUGGGCCUGGCCACGUUGAUGAGGACCUCUUUCGCCAAGAGUGUCAUAGGAACCCCAGAGUUCAUGGCUCCAGAAAUGUACGAGGAGCACUAUGAUGAGUCAGUGGAUGUGUACGCCUUUGGGAUGUGCAUGCUGGAGAUGGCCACCUCAGAGUACCCCUACUCUGAGUGCCAGAACGCCGCACAAAUCUACCGCAAAGUUACUAGUGGUAUCAAACCUGCCAGUUUUGACAAAGUGAGUGACCCUGAAAUUAAGGAGAUUAUUGAGGGCUGUAUUAGACAGAAUAAGAGUCAGAGGCUAUCUAUCCGGGACCUGCUAAAUCACGCAUUUUUUGGUGAGGACACAGGAGUACGUGUAGAGUUGGCUGAGGAAGACACGGGUCACCAGGAUUGCCUAGCACUCCGCAUAUGGGUGGAGGAGCCCAAGAAACUGAAGGGCAAGCACAAGGACAAUGAGGCCAUCGAGUUCAGCUAUGACCUGGAGAAUGACAGUGCUGAGGAGGUGGCCCUGGAGAUGGUGAAAUCUGGCUUCUUCCAUGAGAGUGAUGCCAAGGUGGUGGGCAAGUCUAUUCGAGACAGAGUUACGCUCAUCAAGAAAUCCCGAGAGAGGCGUCAGCAACAGCUACAGUAUGGGCUGGAAGACAGGAGAGAUUCCACCACGCUCACUUCCUCGCAUCCAUGCACCCGGCCGUUUGGCCACACCUCACUGGGCCCAGGAGCGACAGCUGAAGGUGGAGUCCCUGGGGAGGCUGAUGACGUGCCAGAGGUUGAACAGCUGGUCAGGCAGCAGCCACACAUACACGGUGUCACGGCCACUGGCCUCCCAGAAGGAGAGAGUGUCCCUUCUGUCAGCUGUGACUUGGCUCCCAGUGGGCAAAACCAAGCCUUUCCCCUCCCGGGAGAAUGCGCCCUGCAGGCAGGGUACCCUUACGCCCACGGACAGUCCGUCUACCAAACCACCACCUCUGCGGUGCAGAGUGCUGGGGGCGUCUCCCAAUCACAGCUCCCUGCCUCGUGUCAGAGUGUGCCUGUUGGCCAGGCUGGCAGUGUUUCCAGUGCCCCUCUUGGGCAGAGCAUGGGGCUACCUUGCGUGCCCAUAGGACAGAGCCUGCCGCAGCCAGCUGCUAUGGCAACACCGCAAUCCCCAGAAGUGCCACAGCAGUAUUCACUGUCAUACCACUCGGAUGGAUCACAAGUACUGUCACUCCAGUCAGGGGAUGUUGCGCCCCCCCAUGCCUUAGUUGCAUCCUCACAACCUUUCCUGCCCCCAGUCUCACCUCAAGGCCCUAUUAAUGUCCACACUGGAGAACACACUGAGCUGUUGUAUUUGCCCCAGGGUGGGGCAGGAGUUACUGCAUCCCUGUCUCAACAGCCACCCCCAAAUGUCAUGCAUCAGCCUGAACCUAUGAACAACUUGUUGCCCCAAGCCCAACUUCCUGUAGUCCACCAACAAACAAUCGUGCAGCAACAUCAGCAGGUAUUAUUGGAACAACAAGCCACCUUGCUCCAGCAACAUCAGAUGGAGCAGCAACAGACAGUUAGGUUACAGCAGCAGCAACAAUCCAGUUUGACUAAGCAACACCAAGCUGGUGUGUCUCAACAGCAACAACUGCAAGGUAGUUUUUUUCAACCCCAACAAGCAAGUUUGGUUCAGCAACAGUCCAGUGCUAGUUUGCUUCAGCAACAAAUGCAAGCUAGUUUAGUUAAGCAGCAGCAACAUGCUAGUUUGGUUCAGGCACAACAAGCUAGUUUAGUUAAGCAUCAGGGUAGUUUUGUUCAGUCCCAAAACCCAAGUUUGGUUCAAGAGCAACCACAAGCUAGUUUCAUUCAACAGCAACAACCAGGCACAUUUCUCCAGCAGUCUCAGGAGAUUCCUUUUCAAUUGCCAGUAGAACAACAUCAGGCACAGGCUUCAAUGCCACAGCAACCAUUCAAACAGCAGCAGCAUCCAUGUUCACUCCAGCAGUCAUUUCCAGCUUUGGCAGAGCAAGUCAAGCCAUGUCACCAGGUUUAUUUGCAGCAGCAGGCAGAUCAACAGCACCAGCAGCAAGUCUUGAUGCAGCAGCAGCAAGGUGUUUUACAGCAACAAAAGCAACAUCAAUUUUAUGUACAACAACAACAGGCUGAUCAACAAAUAUUGAUGCAACAGCAGUGUUUACAGACACAACAGGUGAUGCUACUACAUCAGAAGAGGGAGCAACAACAGCAUGUAAUGCAGCUACAACAGGUUGAGGAACAAAAUAUUUUAUUACAGCAGCAACCACAGGUUGACCAUCACCAGGCUUUAUUCCAACAACAGAUUGACAUAAAACAACAACAGGGUUUAUUACAACAACAACAACAGGUUGAGCAACAACAACCAGUUGAGCAACAAAAACAGGCUUUAUUACACCAACAAAACAUUGAGAAACCACAGCAGGUAGAGCACCAACAUCAGGCUUCAUUAAGCCAACAGGUUGAGCAACAACAGGCUUUAACACAAGUUAAACAACAGGCUUUAUUACAUCAACAAGUUGAACAACAACACCAGGCGUUAUUGCAGCGACAAAAAGCUUUGCUACAACAACAACAGAUUGAACACCAACAGCUUCAUCAACAGUGUGCCAUGCAGCAGCAACAGGUACAUCAGCUCACUGGCAUGCAACAUCAUGUGGAACAAGAGCAGCAACAACCUAUUUUACAGCAGCAGACAGAGAAGCAGCAGACUAUGUUUCAACAGCAGCAGCAAGCUGUACUACACCAACAAACUGAUAAACAACAGCAGCAUGCUGUGCCACCACAGAUGGAGAAACAGCAAGCUAUAUUGCAGCCAUACCACCAGAUUGAGUCGCAUCACCAACUGCAGCAAAUGGAGAAGGAGCAAACGGAGCAGACCAUAAUACAACAACCAAGGGAGAUCCUGAAGGUAGCGGUGAUACCAAAAGACAAACAAGCUUCAGGUCAAAUACAGCAACUGAGCUUUUUACCGCAACAAGGAGCUUCAUUGCAGCAGCUUCAAGGAACACUUGUUCAAACCCAAACUGAUUUGCAGAUCAUGACUCAAAUUUUAGCCCAAAGCCAGACUUCAGUUCCAGUACAGGGUACACCCAAGGACCACAUUCAGGCCCAAACUCAGUCUCAGGCUCUGGUCCAAUCUCAAUCCCUAGCCCAAAACCCAGUUCAGAUAUUUGGUAACCCCUUGGUCCAGAGUUGUAUCCCAGUGGUACCCCAGGUUCAGGACUCAAGUCAAGUACAAACUAUGAUCCAGGUUCAAAACCAAUUACAGGCCCAGCUCUCAGUGCAAGGUCAAAUCCAAAAGCAGCCUCUAACAGAAGCACCACAACAGAGUCAAGCUCAGUUGUACAGUAACCAACAGGUUCUAACACCAGCACUGGCCCAAGGCCCAGUGCAACACGUUCAGUCUCAGAUUCACCAGGCACAAAUCCAAGGCCAAGCUCCUCCGUUAGAUCAAAUUGAGCCCCAGAUUCAGUCCCAGUGCUGUGUUCCGCAGAUUCAGGGCCAGGCGCAGGUAAUUUCCCAAAGCCAAGUCUUGUCUCCAAACCUUGGUAAAGUUCACCAGCCAGCCCCAGCUCAUGUGCCCAGCCAGACCCAGCCUCCAGUGUUAGAGCAAUCUCAGAUUUCAGUGCCCACCUACGUACAGCCUCAGUCCCAAGAUUCAGCUGGUGUGCAUCCGGCUUCAUACCCACAUGAUCUGCAGGCCACACAGCAUAUGCCACGAGACCUAGGGAUGGCUGCGCAACAACAAUCACUUUUGCAUUAUUCGCAGACGGUGCCAUCUCAGGGAGUGACUGGAGCUCUUUUUGCAGCAGCCUCUGCAACCAUAACUUCCCCAUCCUUACCCCCGACCCCCAAGCACCAGCAACCUGGUCAGGGCCAGAUGCAGCCAGUGUUGCAGGUACAUCCACCUGACCAACAGCUGCCACAGGUACACCCACCUGACCAACAGCUGCCACAGGUACACCCACCUGACCAACAGCUGCCACAGGUACACCCACCUGACCAACAGCUGCCACAAGCCUCACAACUGCAGCAGCAGCAGCCUCAAGUUCAUGCAGCCCCUGUACCAACUCAGUCCCCGCUACUAGUCCUGAAGCAAUGUGCACUUCCUCAUGAACAUGAUCAAUUGCCCGUUCAUCCUCAAGUUGGCCUCCAUCAGUCACCCUUGAUCCCACCAGGUCAUUUGACCCAGCCCCCUUCCAAGACAGCUCCUCCCCUGUACAGUCAGGUAGGGGCUGGCCUGCUGUCUUCCCCACAGCACCAGCACACGCAGAUGCUCGCCCAGGCUCAUGCUCAUUCUUGCACACAGACACAUAUUGAUGGUUUGAUGGGAAGUACAGAACAUGCACUCUCCAAUCCCCCUGGCCCUGUCCAAUCCCCACAGCCCCCUUCUGUUUCACCCAUCCUUCCCACCACCUUGUCCUCCAUUCCUGUUGCUGAGCCUGGCUUGAACCAGCCCCCUCCAACAGAAGUGCAAUUAGUCCAGUCCGGGGUGCCGAGGGGCAUCAGCCACACCUCCCCACCUCCUUCCACUGCUUUCCAGUCCUUCAGCUCUAAUUUGCCCCUGCUGCCCUCGUCUUCAUUACCAGACUGUGAACCUGCCUUGCUGGCCAUCGCUAAGGAUACUCAAGCACAGACUGGUACAGAAAAACAGUCAUCAUCCAGCUGUGCUUCUGCCGCUGGGGAUGAACUAAAUCUCCAGUUGGGAAAUGGGAAGAUGGAGAAGGUGAAAUCCCAGAGGAGAUCUUCCUAUCAGAGAGUUGAGAAGGUCACACACUUCCAGCUGAGCAUGCUUCAGGUGUCUAGCAGUGGAGACAACAUGGUGGAGUGUCAGCUGGAGACCCACAGUAACAAAAUGGUCACCUUCAAGUUUGAUACUGAGGGCGAUGCCCCUGAAGACAUUGCGGAUUAUAUGGUGGAGGAAGAUUUUGUCCUAGAGUCAGAGAAGGAAAAAUUUGUAGAAGAGUUGAAGACAAUUGUCACACAAGCACUUGAAAUUCUUCACUCUCAGUCACAGACUGGUUCCAUGGAGCAGCUGCAUGUGACCACUCCCGCAUCCACUAGCAUGGAUUCAGUGUGCCAGUCUUCCCCUGUGGGUCGCUGGCGAUUUUUCAUCAACCAGACAAUUCGUCAUCGGGAUGCUCAAUGUAAUCAAGGAACUUUAACACCUCCCCCUGCUGGAGAAAGUCAGAUAUUACACAAUGCGGACAUGACCAUCAAAAAUGAUUGUGAAGCUCCACAGAGGUCUGGAUCCUUCAGUGGUGUCAGUGUCCCUCCAGUUCCUACCUCCAGUGUUUCUGUUUCCACUGUUUCUGCCCCAGCUUCAAUGUCUGCCCCAGCCAUUGGUGCCCCUGCCUCUGACUCUAAUACUCGCAUCUCAGUUUCUGUCUCUAGUGGUGUUGCCGAUGUCCCAUUUGCUUCCGGUGGUGUUGAUUCGCGUCACACCUCAGCACCCGCCGAUCAACCCUCUAAGGCCACAAUUUCCAUUUCAACAUCUGACUCUGAUACCAACCUCUCAAAUGUUGCCCCUGUCACUGCGGGCUCUAUAGCUGUGCUUACUCCAUAUCCUGUCACUUGUGUCUAUGGCACUGUGGCCAUGAGUGUUGGGAAAUCAUCCCCACCAGAGCAGUCUAUGCCCCAAAGUGACGAGGUCGAACAUUUCAUGUCCACUGCAGUCCAUCCUGUCCCUGCCGCUAACCACACAUCUGCACAGCCAGAGCAGACCUCGGAACUCACAGAGAACUCGCUGCAAGACCACCCUAAGAACUGGACAGAAGGACCCCCAGCAACGAGACCAAUGGCAGAGCAGCAGGUAUCACAAAUGCAGCAAAUAAAAGAGCAGCUGCCCACUGCAUAUCAGCAAGAGCAGCAGCAGUCACUGCAACAGGUAGGCUGGGAGCAGACCCUACAGAAACAGCCUCUCCUGCAGACUGACCUCGAACAGGUGCAGCAGCAGCAGCAAGCUUUACUUGAGCAUCUGCACAGAGAGAAGCUCGAGCAGCUGCAGCAGACCCUGUCGCAUCAAGUGCAGCAGUCAGGACCACAGCAUCAUGGUCACGGGGUUCUGGAUGGGACUCAUCAGCAGCAGAUUCCUCAGACGCAUCAGUCACUGCACCUUGAACAGAUGCAGCAUCAGCUGAUACCACAGCUGGUAAAUAUAGAGCAAAUGCAAAAGGAACAACAAGAGGCAUCACAGUUCCCGCUUGUGGCACAGCAGCAGCAACCAGUACAGCCCCCCCAGCAGCUCUCCCCGUAUUUCCCUGUGGAGCAGUGUGUCAUUCAGCCGCAGCCCCCAUGGCCCCCACAGGAGCAGCAAGUGGCAGAGGAUGCAGCCAGUCCUUCAGGCCCAACGCUGCCUUUCUCUAAUCCCCCUCAGCCUGCCUCCACUCCUGCGGGCCCCUCCGACCCCCCACUGCCCUCAGUCACUCAGACUCUUACUCCCUCCCCAGCACAGCCCUCUUCUGUGGGUGAGUCGGACAGUGAGGGUCCACCUAAGAUUGAAUAUGUAGACAACCGUAUCAAAACUCUGGACGAGAAGCUGAGGAAUCUGCUGUACCAGGAGUACAGCAGCGGGGUCCCAGUUGCGGCGAGUUCUGCCAUAGCUCCAGCUGGACUCCUCUCUUCUGCUAUGCCAGGCUUAACGGUGCCAGAGGGGGAGGAGCCUACUGAGCCGCUCCAGAGCCGCCCUCCCGUCCCACCGCCAGCCUCAUCCUCCGACACCUCUCCUCAUUCUUCCUCAUCCACCUCCUCUUCAUCUACUUCACGCUCCUCCUCAACUUCCCCUGAUGCAGAGGGACAGCCUGGUGCUGAAGAGGCAGUGUCGGACCACAGGGUCCCUGAAGCCACCUCGGUGGCCGUUGAGCAACAGCCGGUGGGGGCCUUCUCCUCAACCUCUCCACCCCACUCCCUGCCUCUGCCUCCACGGGAGGAGUCGGCCACAGCCCCGAGUCUGCCCGCUGAGGCCGCCGUGUGUUCUGCCCCCCUCCCCUCUGAAGACAGCACCCCCGGAGAUGCCGCAUGGUCCCCCAAUCAGCAAGCACCCCCACUUCGGCCAGGACAGCAGCAGCUCAACGCAGGAGGUGGAUAUUUUGGCCUAAACCUGACAUGUCCUAGUAUCAGAAACCCUGUUAGCAAGAGGUCCUGGACUCGCAAAUUCAAAAGCUGGGCGGUCAAACUGCGCCACUCCGCCAGCUUGUUCAAGAAGCCCAGAGUGCCGCAAGAAAGCAGCAGCCUGUCUCUAAAAGAGGAGAGUGUCACAGCCCAUGUACAAACUCAUUCUUCCACAGGCCGUUUUGAGGUGAUCCCAGUGCCCCAGCUGCCUGAGGUGCCAGCAGCACAGCAGCCUGCACCGUCCAAGGAUGCUGUCCAGAGGCGGGUUGGCCGCUUCUCCGUUAGCCAGCUGGAAGGUCAAGCAGAAGACGGGCUAACAGACAGCUCCCCUGCGUCGCCUGAUGACGAGGCAGAGGAGAAGAGGUGUAAAGUGAAGGAGAGGGAGAAGGAGAAAAAGAGGCCCCCAGCCCCCCCUGUCCUGCUCAGGGGUUACUGCCCAUCCCCUCUCGGCAGCAGCGAUGAUGAUGAUGGCAGUGGCCUGGAGGAUGCAGACCUGCGGCGAGAGCUGCAUUGCCUGCGGGAGAGGCACAUCAAGGAAGUGGUCUCCCUCCAGGCCCAGCAGAACCUAGAGCUGCAGGACCUCUACAGGCAGCUGCGUUCCCUCAGAGACCAUCGUCUGGCCUUGCCUCGAUCCCCGCAGCACCAUCCAGCCGUCUCCCCCAUCCUGUCCCCGCGCAGGCCCCGCCCCACAAAAGCCAAGCUCCGUUCCCGGCCCCACUCACACGUGGACAACAAUGGAGCCACGCAUGCUGCAGGAAACCAGCAGUCCAGCAGCUUCUCAGGUGGGGAGGAGGGCAGGUUUCCCCUCUUCUGCCCCCCAGAAUACUCCCCUGUUCCGACAACUGCGAGAGACCCCAGCCCCUUACCUCAGGGCUCAAACAAUAGGAAGAGCACAUUUACGGAUGACUUGCAUAAACUGGUGGACGACUGGACCAAAGAGACUACGGGUCCAAAUGUCCCCAAGCCCUCGCUCAAUCAGAUCAAGCAGAUUCAACAAGUGCAGGAGAUAGGAGGUUGGAGCCAACCGGCUGAGAUUACCACCUCUAGUUGGUUUACGCCUGUUCCCCCGAACAUCCCAUCAGCCCCUGCUCCUGUUGCCGGAUGUUCUGUGUCUCCCCCUCAGAUUGAUGUUGGAGGGGUGCCGGUUCUAUGGAGUGGAGUGGGGUCAACAGACACUCAGCCACUAGCGGGACAGCACCACCAAGCGCACACACACUCAGCAGCUCUGGAGCUGCAAGAUCUGCAUCAGCAACUACAUAUGCAGCCUCAACUGUUACACCUCCAGCUGCAGCAGACUCCAGUUAACAUGUUCCAGUUACAACAAAAUCCACUUCAAUCAAAUUCGCAGCAGAUACAGGCUCCACUGCUGUCUCAGAACCAGCUGCAGACAGAACUUCCCCACCUACCUCAGCAGAAUCAACCACAGACUCAGUCAAGCUCUCCUCAGAAGCCCCCCUUGAUGUCUGCACUUCCCAGCUCUGGCACUACUUCACACCCUGAUGGUUGCACUGGAACAGUGGUGUUUUCAUCUUCCUCUUCGUCAUCUUCAUGUUUGUCAUCUGCUUUACCUUCUAGUGCCAUUUUGCACUCUACGGCCGCAGCCUCAACAUUUCCUUUGGGGCAACAGUAGUAUAAGGGGUUAGGGGGUUAGGGCAGAGUGUGAGUAAGACACCCGUAUGUAAAGGAGCUGGCCAAGUGAUAGAGCCGAACAGCACUGCGAAGCCACAUCAUGUGUGUGAUGGUCGUGACAAUAGAUGAGAUGAUGACUAGCAGACUCGAUUCGCUUGAGGCAAUAAGGGGAGUGAGGACUUGAGUACGUGGAACACGGCAAAAAAUCGCUAGACGAAGGAGCCAUUGUAUAGGCUGCAUGCAGAAGGUGCCUUGGUCUUAGGUGUAAUGUAAAUUAAUAAUGUGUAUAAUGGGUGUGUACGUGUGUGUGUGUGUGGGUGUGUAUGUGUGUGUUCAUGACAUUUUUUGUCCUUUUUGGAACUGUGUAAAAGUAAAGGUUUUUUAGCUAUACUAAACAGACUUGGGCCUGAACUCUAAUCAGAGAUAUGAAGGAACAAACAUUUCCCCCAGUAUAUAUCGAAAUUUAAAUGGUGAUGCUUAUACUGAAUGGUCUACAUGAAUAAAAAGAAGUGCAAUUAGUAACUGUUGUUUAAGUUUCACCUGUGCUGUCUUAAUUUAUGUGUGUUUGGUAAAAUAUUCCUGAGUAGUGACACUGGGACUACACCCGGACAUUAAUAAAUAUAGCACAAUGUGUGAAUAUUGAUGACAGCACGUAAAACAGUUACAGCAUAUCGUUGACUAGCAACCCCGUUUAUGUACAGAAUCACACGGUGCACUAUUGUAGUCAGAGCAUAGUAAUUUUUAAUAAUGUUUUAAAUUAAUAACAGUGGUAUUUUAAGUUAAUAGGUUUCUUUAUAAAAUAAAAACAAUAGCCUGGUUAUUAACAUUUUUUGAUCUGUUUACAGUGUGUUAGGAAAGAUUUGUAAUCAAAAUCAAAUUCCCACCUAUAGUUUAUAUCAAGAUGAUUUGAUGUGCAUUUCCUAAGCUGAAUCUUCAUUAUUUUAUUCUGUAAAUUGGUAAGAAAGGAUUAAUUUUUAGCUACUAAAUACACGGUCAUUUAGCUAAGAAUUUACAUACAAAGGGCAUGUUUAUUUCAGUUCAGGCCUGGGUUAUAAACUCUAUUACAGGGGUGGGGAACCUGUUCCAUGGAGGGCCGGUGCGGGUUUUUGAGAUGACCUCUCCAUCAGCCAAUAAUAAAACAGUGGUUCUCAACUCCAGUCCUGGGGACCCACUGUUAUUGGCUGAUGGAGAGGCCAUCCCAAAGACCCGCACCCACACCGGCCCUCAGUGGAUCAGGUUCCUCACCCCUGCUCUAUUACAUAGUUGGAUUCUGCUUAACCAUCUGGUACUGGUGCUUUCACUUGUAACACCAUCAUGACUUUGACGCCAUGCUUGGACACAAUGAUAAAAAUAAUCUUUGUGGAGUAACAUAAGUUCUGCAAUGAAUCAAAAAUUCAGUGCAUUGGCCAUUAUUUGCACUGAUUCAUAAUCAGAGCUCUUUGUUUCCUUUACUUCCUUGUACAUUCCAUUAAUUUGUAUUAUUUUUACUUAUUUGGCUUUAGUAAAUUUGUAUCCACAUAAUAGACAUGGAAGAUAUGCCUGGCAAAUUUUAUUUAUACUAAUCUAGUAUGAAUCAUCUUUUAGAAGUAGGCUAAUUCCACAUUGUUUUUAAGACCUGAUUUUCUCCCAGUCUGUGACAAAGUUCUGUAUUGAUACUGUAUUUUUUUUCUUCUUUCAGAAGAACCAUCACAACACUGUGAUGUAGUGAUUUGGAAGAUAUUGACCAUUUUGUACUAAAUAGUUGUCCUCUAGGAUUAUAAUAGUGAGAUAAGUACAAAAACAGAUGAUGAAAAGGUUUGUGCAAUACAGACAGUUUAGAAGGAACAAAAGCAGCAAUGAUAACAAUUAAGUGAUGCUUACACCCAACUUCAUGAUGUUUACAGUAUUCAUCUUUGGAAAAGCAUAUUCCUGUUCACAAUAGUGUUUUUCUUAAUAAUUUAUUCAUGGUGUUUCAGUGAACUCACCUUUUCCAAAUAGCAUAGAUCGCUACUAACAGAUGUGAGUUACAAGAUCACCAGGUGAUAUUCACUAGGUAACUAUUAAUCUUUCCAUUUUACUGCUCUGAAAUGAUUUUCAAAGUGAAAGAGGUAAUUUACCCUGUUCUGAAGUGUUACCAAAAUAUUUUAAAAGACGUUAAUUAUUUUUAUAUUUUGGAAUGGGGCUGUAAAAAUUGUAAAGUUGUGUACUGAUAAGUAUUUACAAUCUGUGAUGAUGUGCUGAAACAAUAAGUUAUUAGUCCACAGCUCUGCUUCUAGAGUCCCCUGGACUAUGUUCACUAUAGUCUCUCAACUUGUUCAUUCAACCUUUUAAGUAAACUCUUUUGCUGGUUAAUUUUGAACAAUCUAAGAGAGAGAAAAGUAAGUCUAUUAUAAGUGAUAUCUACUGAGGUUCCUUGGUAACUUUAAAACGUACCAUCUGAGACCCAAUGACUUAAAAGUAAUAAAAAUAAACUACAAAAUGUUCAUUGCUGGUAAUGAAGCCAUUGUAAAACUAACUAAUUAAAUUCCUGUUUUGUAACUAAUUGAAAGACAUUAUGGUGUAAAAAAAUCAGAGGAAAAAUAAAAAUGUAAAAACAUUGCUA